CUGAAGGCAAAACUGAUGAUGCUUUAUUAGUGUUUGAAGCUAUUAAGAAUGUGGUUUCGUACUGGAAUCUUGCCACUCUUUACCAAAGAAAGGCAGAAGAGGUUGAGAGUGAUGAUACGUUACCAGAAGAACGCAAAGCCUAUCUUGUUAAAAGAAAGCAUUGCCUGAUGAAGAUCAUUGACGAAAGCUCCUCUGACCCGUCAGUAGCUGACAAACUGCCGGUAUCUGUUAAAGCUGUAACGGAAAUGCUGAAUGCAGUGAUUCAGGAGCUUGGAGAGAAUGGUGAAGAGGGAAGUCUUGCCUCCGGAAAUAUCUCACCAGCUGCACACGUGGAAGUAAAAUAUUCAAUUCCAUCACCUAAGAAGUUCUCUUUCUCGCCAACAAAUACCUACCAGUUUUCUCCUAAGACUCUCUCUCAGUGGGCAGAAGAUCACAAGUCCUUACUUCAAAAGCUGUGUCAGCACAUGGAAGCUUUAACGGUAAGCAACUUUAGUCACUAUAUUCGAUGCAGCUG